GCAUGCCAAGACUCACACAGGCACAUCGCCGCCGUUUGACAGUACCAGCAAACCGAUACAGAAAGACCCGCACGGCCCCAUGGAACCGGUAGUCCCAGCUCCAAAUUGUCACGCCCGAAAGCCCUCACUUGUGCCAUGGGGAGAACUACAUCUCCCGUGAUGCUUCGCCCGCCGUGUAGCCGGAAGACUGGCAUGGGGCCGGUCUGCGGCGCUUGCAGAGCUUUGCGCAAAGCCAGCCAGUCUCCUCCUCACGGGGCUGUGAGCGAGGGGGGUCCGCUUUCUGGGUUGAAGACCUUCAUGUAAAGAGAAAGUAAAACUGCUAAGGGUACUGCAGGGCACGUUUUACCGGGUAACGUAACGUUUUGAGUGCUUUUCACUCUUUUACCGCCCCUUUAAGUUGCAAUUGUGCGUUUCUGUGUUGAACCGGUUUGCAAACUGAAAGUGUCCUGCCGGCGCCGGCGCUGGCUUUGUCUGGCCGACAGCGUGCUCUUUUGUCUCAGCUCUUUGUUUCCGUUGAACUUCAAGCGCCUGACAGGUACCUUACAGCAUCUUGUUGUCCGUUUCCUUUAUUGUUGUGUGUGUAUAUAUAUAUAUUUUAAAAUGCAAUACGUCAAGAAAUACUUCACGGAAGGACUGAUCCAGUUUACGAUUCUGUUGAGUUUGGUCGGAGUUCGGGUUGAUGUCGACACCUACUUGAACGGCUACUUUUCACCGCUCCUGGAGACCGACGAGGGGCCGAGCUCAGCCUAUAUCCAGACCCCUUUCCACAGCUCGAGGGACACCUGGGAGGGUCACAGCCUGCACCCCAAGUGCCCCGACUUGGAGCAGUACUUCACCGCCCGCCGCCUGCUGACCGAGGUCAGAGCCCUCGGCACGCCUCGCUUCCCCACGCAGCUGAGCGCAUGGCUGGUGCACUCCGUGUCCCGGGACUCCGACAGCGGCGCCGCCGGCGCGGCUCCAGACCCGCAGUCCGGGGGCAGCGGCGGUCCGGACCGAGGGGACAGCGCCGGACCGCCCCCCAGCCCCGCCUGCGAGCUGGCUGAAGAGGAUGGUGAGCUGCAGAGGCAGGAUGCAGGCCAGAGCCCCGAGCCCGCGGCAGGAGAGGAGGGGGAGGCAGAGGAGCGCGCGGCUGCACCUGAACUCCAGGGGGCGCCACAGGAGGCGCUGGCGCACAGCUCCACGCUGGACAGAGAGAACGUGCUCAGCAGCGCCUCCUCCCUCUCGACGUUGGCACAGCAACCCCUGCUGGCGGCUGGCGUGGAGCACCCCUGGCGCGAGCUCCUGUCCUUGUCCAAUCUGGAGGACAUGGAAAUCGAAGACCCACAGCAGAUCCCUGAUGCCAUCAGCCGGAACGUCAGUCUUCAUGAUGCCAUGCUGUCCGGAGACCGAGACGGCCGCGCCAGCUGGACGGGGCCGGGGGGGUCCCUGGAGCCGGCCCACGCCACACACCCCGCCCUGCUGGGGGCGCUCAACCUGACCGCGGAGCUCUUCCCGCUGGUGGAGAACAGCAGCAGAGACGGGGCGGCCCUGAGCUCUCUGUCCGGGUUUCUCGACGAGGCGGUGUUUGAGCAGAUCAAUUUGAUGGGUCUGGGCCUGGACGGCCUGGGCGGCCUGGACAGCCGGAUCCUGGACGAGCUGGACUCAGACUCCGGGCUGUCCCUGGACUCCAGCUUCCGCAGCCCCGGCUCCCCCAGCGCCUCCGAGGCGUCCUCGCUGUCCCACUGCGAGGACGAGGGGGCCGUGGGCUACAGCACCGACUCCGACUCGCUGUCCGGGGACGCUGCCGCGGGGGCCUCCUGGAGCCUCAAAGAGCGUCGCCCCCAGGGGACGGGGCGCUCACCUGCGCAGCUGGCCCAGGGCGUCCUGCACGACCACACGUACUCUUCUCCGCCGCCCCAGCGCGGGUCCGGCCCGCGGGGGCAGCAGGCGGGGCGCGGGCCCCUCGGGGCGGUCAAGAAGGAAGGCGGCGAGGAGGACGAGCUGAGCCGGGACGAGAGGAGGGCCCGGGCGCUGGACCUCCCGCUGUCCGUGCAGGACAUCGUGAACAUGCCCGUGGAGGAGUUCCUGGAGCUGCUGUCCGGCUUCCAGCUGAGCGACGCCCAGGUGGCGCUGAUUCGGGACAUCCGGCGCCGGGGCAAGAACAAGGUGGCGGCGCAGAACUGCCGGCGCCGCAAGCUGGACGCCAUCGCCGGGCUGGAGGGCGAGGUGGAGCGGCUCCGGCGGCACCGGGACCGGCUGCUGCGCGACCGGGCCCAGCACAGCAAGUCGCUGGGCUGCCUGAAGCAGCGGCUGGGCCAGCUGUACCGGGACGUGUUCCGCCGCCUGCGGGACGAGCAGGGCAGGCCCGUCAGCCCCGGCCGCUACGCCCUGCAGUGCCACAGCGACGGCAGCGUGCUGCUGGUGCCCCACCGGCCCGGCGCGCAGCGGCGCAGGCCCGACCGGGCCAGGAAGGACAAGCAGCACUGACCGCGCGGCGCCCGGACCGGUCAGCGAUCCCCCUCGCGGUCAGAGGGGCCGGCCCAGAGGCGGGGGGCGCUUUGAAGAAGGCCGAGACGCUCUUGCUCUUCUGGAGAAGUGAAACCGGGGCUUUUUAAGUUGAGAGGGGAAUAAUAAAUGUAGCUUUAACACUGGAAACACGGUAGAAAUGUACAGUGGACGAGUCCACCCGUCUGAGGACAGUGUCCAAAUGCAGACCCUUGGUUUGCUGCUUUAGUGAGUAGCGGCGCGUGGAGGCAGACGCCCGGCUGACCUGGGAAAGUCACUGGUUUCCAAUCCUCCCACAGUGCAGCUCAUUUGCCCCACAGGUUCCCGCACGUGUUUAACAGUCUGGGAGCGCAGAGUACACGUUCCGCUCACCUGCGGCACAGGCCACACCAGUGAUUUCCCACUAGUUCAGGCCGGCAGCUGACCGUCUCACCCUGCGGCAUUAUUCAUUGACACCGUUUUCCAGCAGGGCUCUUUUUCACUACUGGAAGUUAAAAGAGGCACACCUGAAGAGGCUGAAACAUUCUCUUUUGCUUUCUGUAUGGAAUAAACCUGUCACCUGUUCCUUUGCAGACUGCGCAUGCUGAUGCAGCUGCCUACUGUACUACAUUCUCACUACUCCCCUUACUCCUCAUCAGGAACUCAAAGACAGUACUGGCUGCAGACAUGCAUGUCAUGUAGCAUUUUAAUACUCAAAUGGGCUAAUGGCUUCAGCACAUAAUUUCAGGUUGACAUUUCUAUGUGUGUAGAACACAUCACAGUCUGAGUGCGGUUGUUUGAUGGAACAUGUUUCCCUGUCCUUGCUCACAGGAAUAUUUCCUCCAUUUUGCACGAGGUUGAGUCUGCUCUCUCCCUCGGACACAAGCGAGUAAGGAGUUUGCACUGACUGCACUGUGGGGGUGUUGCAGAGAUCCUCAUCCUCCGUUUCAGUCAUCAGACUGUAAUCAUUGGAUGCCUUCGAAAUGACCUGGAUUUGAAAUCGGCAGUUUUCCCGGGUGUACGAUCAGGCAGUACAGGCAGGGUGACCACCGUGCUCCCUGUGUUCGGCAAGAUCUCCACCUGUACUGCAGCUAGUCUGCAGGUGAGCGUUGGCCAUGUGUCUCCAGGCGAACGGGGGAGUACCACAGCAGAUCGUCACUCAGACCUCUGUGACCUCACGGUUCUGACAUGCCUUACUGGUUUAGUUGAUAGCUUGACUUGACUCGUCGGCUUUUGAUUCUUUUCUGUUACUCGGGGUUAUUCAAUUUACUGAAAGUCUGUAAAUUCCAAGUGCGAUUAUACAACAUUAGACAUUACAAACUUCCAACAAAUGCCUUCACUGAGCUGAUUAAUGCUUGAUUAAUGUAAACUUCAGCUUGUGGGAGUGGAGAGUAACUGAACACCGUUAAAAACAGUUCAAACUUUUUUUUAAGUGGCCUUAAUGUUCUGGGAGGCUUCUUUCAAAGAGCGCUUUGUGGAUCAAACAGCUGCAUUUUCUAUAUGCACUAUAUUUUACAAUGUUUGUAUUAUGUAUUACAGUUUUGAAAAUGGUUAUUUUUUCUUUUAUGACUUUCGAUACAGUACUUUGUAAAGAAUCAGAUGGGAUCACACAGAAAGGUUAAAAACUUACCAAAAGGGGCCAGACGGACCUCGUUUGUAACCUUUCUUAUGUUCUUCUGAAAUAUGAAAAGCACAAAACCGGUUAUUUUCCUUGCGGGUUUGCCGAGACAGUGGUGGUCUGCACUGAUAAUGGAUCAGCUUUGAUGAGUGUUUACUUGUCUGGAAUAUUUGCACUAGGGUUUCUGUGACUGCAAACUGGGAUAAAUGCCAGGCUGAUUCUUGGAGAGAACACGUUUUCUGAGAAACGGGUGCAAGUACCUGGCACUGUAUCUUUACCGCUGUUCUUAUGGCAUCAGAAAUGACAAAGACAUGGCAUACUGAAGGCGUUCCGACCUCCCUGCGAGUGUAUUUGUGUCGUGCAGAGGGCUCGGGGCUCACGUCACCCCCUUGAACCCUGGACGGUCUCGACUGUCCCGCGGUGACCCGGUGUUCUGGCGCCGUGCAGCUGGCUGCUGUGCAGUGGGUGGCACUGGUUCUGCUCUGGACCCACGAGCCACUGUGACAGAAUCCCAGCAGGUACAGAGCCCAGUUGCACUCAUGGAGUUUUGAAAAUGAGUUUUUUUUUUCUGUUCUCCUCUUUUCCGCUCUAGUUUGAUUUCGGAGCCUUUCAGGUGUCUUCCUGCCCGCCCUCGCCUGCUUCCCAGUGAGGUGAGCACGCCCAGGGCGGCGCCUUCCUCUCUCGCUGUUCCACUGCCAUCGCGGUGCCAGCCCAGGUCAGCCAGCUGACCCUGGUGCCCAACUUCACAAAGACACGGGCCUUUCAGGUUUUAUGUUGAAGGCUGUAUCCAGGCCCUUGCUGUGCAUAAUAAUCACACAGGUCGUCCUUCUGUGCUGCAGGCCCUGGAUAGUCUGUAUAACUGAAGAUCAGAUCUAAAAAACUGAUGAGAUAAUGCCAUUACACCACCUAGACCUACAACACCAUCUAGGAAAUGAAACCAAUCUGCUUCAGAUGCAGGGCUGAGAAUAAGCUUUUGGCAGGCGAGACACCAGGGCAGCCAAGCUGUGGGGAUGGGAGUGGGCAGUGACCCCUGUCAGUCCACAUGCUGCCCCUCUGCUCU